GAGACAAAUGGACGUAGAGCUCAGACCACAACUUCCCCUCUUGGCUAUGAGAUAUGCAACACUCUACUCUUCACCAGAACGCAGAGAAAAAACACCUACAGCUCGUCUUGUUUGCUGUGUGCUAGCCGCUGAAGGAACCCAGUUGUCCGUACUGAACCUGUGUUACCAUGGCUUUGUGGGGCAGGAGCCCACUACUGGUGGCGAUUCCUCUGUGGAUGUGUUUUGGAAGAACUGAGGCGAGUCUUAGGGAGCCUGAGAUCUGUUAUGUGCUGGAUGGCAUCCUGUUUUUGUAUGGCAUCAUCCUGACAGCUCUCUACUGUAGAAUCAAGAUCUCCAAUGCAAGGGAGGCUGCAGCUGUGAAACCCAAACAAAAUGUGGAAGAGGGCAUCUAUACGGGUUUGACUCCUCGUGCCCAGGACACAUAUGAAACAAUUGGCAUGAAGAAGUAACAUGAUGAAUGAAACUUCAAAACAGAUAUUUUCCUUUGAAUACCUUGAUUUCUGUAUUUAAAUAUUGCAUAUCUUACCCUGCCUUGAUUUUGAGAGAAUGUAAGAUGUUGUGCACCAGUGUUAAUUUCUCUUUUGCUUUUGUAGAGCUUAUGGGAAGUUAAGAAGGACGAGACAGAAAAUAGAGAAGUUGAGUCCAAGCAGGGAAAUUUUUUUUAGAAAUGCUCUGCCUUUGUUCUAUAAGAUAUUUUUACUGCUCUGUUGCCUGUAUUUAAUUUUAUGCAGACAUAUUAUCAUAACUGUCAUGCUUCAGAUACUUUUUAUAUUUUACUGAUGAAUAAAAAGAGAAUUGAUGUUU